UGGUGACGUCACAGUCUCUGCUCAUCAGCAGCUGCAGCUCCGGGGAUCAAAUCUACAGAAGGGACAGAUACCAGGACCCCCUUCCGGCGCACAGUAACCCACACCCCAAUAAGCAGCGCCCGGUUUCCAUUUACCGCAUCACUCCAUCAUUCCGUGCACGGCGCUGUACCCCCUUAGUGCAACCCCCCCCCACAGCAUACCCAGCUGUCACAACUGGGGUCCUUAUAUAACAGCACGAACCCAUAAACCGAGCCAAGCCGCCCUCAUAACCGAGUGCCCCCGACGCGCCCAACAACCGCAGCAGAGUACCCGGCCUCGGGAGCCAAGUGCUGCGAAGAUGUGCCCGCACUGGUGAAGAUUAAUAUGGGCUGCAUCGGGAGCCGGAGCAGCGGGACCGUUAAAUGUUGAAGACGCAGGUGAGAUGUUGCCCAAGUCUCGACGAGCACUCACCAUCCAUGAGAUCACGGCCCUUGCUCGCUCCUCUCUGCAUGGAAUCUCACAGGUGGUGAAAGACCAUGUGACCAAACCUACAGCAAUGGCUCAAGGUAGAGUGGCUCACCUGAUCGAGUGGAAGGGUUGGAGCAAACCCAGUGAUUCUCCUGCUGCACUGGAAACACAUUUCAGCUCAUACUCCCACCUCAGUGAGGGUGAGCAGGAGGCCAGGUUUGCUGCAGGAGUAGCUGAGCAGUUUGCUAUAGCAGAAGCAAAACUUCGAGCCUGGUCAUCAGUUGAGGGUGAAGAUUCCACCGACGAUUCGUAUGAUGAAGACCUGCUUCCACCUGUGGAACACACACAGCCCUCUGAUUUAUUGGGACCUGUGCAGAAGGAUUUGGUAUCUUCACGUCUGUGCUGUUGUGACAGUGACUCCUCUCACACCUUGUCGCCUGAAACUCUGUGUUCCAGUCUCUGCAGCUUGGAUGAGGAGCAGCUACUCUUGGUGUCCCCUGCUCAGGUGGCCGAGGAGUCAUUACUGACCAAGCCUCAGUCAGUUCCAAGUCCCUACGAUCGUCUCCAUGAUCUGGAAUGUGAGGACUCUUCAUAUUCCAUGUCCUUUUCAGAGUCCUAUUUGAGUCCCAGCGAAGAUGGGCUGAUUACUUUCCCUGCUAUCGGGAGAGGAUCUGGGGGUCUUAGUUUAUGCAGGAAGGGCUCAGAUGUGGUGUCUUCAGGGGUGGUAUCUUUGGAUGAGGAAGAAGAAGAGGACCAGCCUUGAUUUGUCUGUAAACUGCCACUGUCACCCAUUCCAACUUUUUCUAAAUCUCUACCUCCCUUUUCUUUUUUUCAUGUCACUAUUAUGUGUCAUGACCCAAAAAAUACUAAAGAAAUGAGGGCAUUAACUCUCCCAACAAACACAGAACUCAGUUAUAUUCUUCGUAUUAUUUUCAUCAUUUAACAUCUUUGCUUUUCUUCACCUUAUCUCAUUUUUAAGAUAUAUUUUUACAUAAUCACUUUGUCAUACUUUUUUUCACUUUGCACCAUUAUCAUUUUACAACACCUCUAUUUGCCUGUUUUCUAUAUUUCAAGCAUUUUGAUCUAUUUUGCAUGAUUUCUGCCCUCUGUCACCAUGCUGGCUUGGUGGGGGCUUUAAAGCUGUUGUGUGCAUGUCUUGCACUCCCUACAAUGCCACCAACAAUUUCCUGAUUCUUGCACUGGUGGUUGGGUCCUCGUUUGGGUUGACAGUGGCAGCACUGCUUAACCCUGUCACUUCCUGGACCUACUUGCAACCCUAAGGUUCCUUCAUCUGCUGCACGUGAAAACCAGACAUAUCAGAUGUUUGGAAUAGUGGGGUAUAUUAUGGGUUCUAUGACUAGUGCAGCCUCAGGACUUUAAAAUGACUUGUGGAGCUCCGGUGAUACUGUGGGGUCCCUCCUUUCUGUGGGCUCUGGUGGGCGCAUGCUUUGUGCAGGGGAGACCCUUCUUUUCUAGCGUUUUGUACAUGUCUGUUUGCUGCUCUUGAACGGUCUUGUGCGGUAACAUCAAUUGUUUGUAACUCAGUUUCUUGCGUCUGUCCAAAGUAUAUGAACAACUGCUUACUCCAUCCCAGUGGCUUGAAAAGACAGUCCUUGAAGAGCUAUUAGGAAUUUCCUGCUUAACCACUGAUUUCACAUCAGACAAAUGUUAAUUGUUGGCCUGUUAGGUUUUCUCCAGCGAGUUAAACAUAUAUUAAUGCUUUGCAUAUAUAAAAAAAAUGUUGCAAAUGAAGUUGGUCAAAAGUCCACUAAGCUCCUAUAGAUUAAGUUAGACCUAAAUGCCCCAAUACAGUAUACAGUCACAUAUAACGAUGCCCUCUUUAAUUAACUAUAUUAAAUUAAAUAUAUAGUACCCAUAUCAUACCUAAAGGGCUACCCUUUAAUGCACGGGGCACUUCAACUCCAUAUUGCAAUGCAUUUUAUUGCAUGCAAAUUGGUGCAUGCAUUUUUUAUAUACUGGAAAAGGAAAAUGACUUUGGUCUCAUUUGGCUACUCCCCUGGUUAUCUCCAAUGAAACCAUACUUUCUUCACAUGCUUAGUAGAAUUCACUUUUUAGUCAAGGAAGCCCUUUGAAAUCAGUGGGAUUAACAGCAACCAAUGCCAAUAAGUCAAGAAUGCAUGCACCAAAACUAACGUGCACUUAACAUGAAAUUAGGGCUGCAGUGGAUUUUUAAGAAGCUCUCUACUGUUUUAGUAAAAUUGAUAUCUACAUGUUGAGCAUACAUUGUAUGUAAAAUCUUGAAAACUGCCUAUUACACAGUGCGCACCACAGUCA